GAAAACGAACGCUUCAGCUUUAUAGCCCCUGUCUGGGUUUCUCCUUCUGUCAGUGGGUACAACACGGAAGAAGGUCUUCGCUGCAAUAAUUUGACACUUCUGCUUGUUCACUUCGAAUAACUACAUGUCUAUUCUUCCUCAAGAAGAAUUGGUCAAGAAAUGGGAAAGGUCAGACACGUUUCUCCUCUCAAUUUGACAUAAUAAAAUGGCUAUAUGUAAACUGUAUUUCGCAGCGAAAAGGAGCACGCGCUGCUCCUCCUCACCUGUGUCAAAUGUCAUUUGAUUAGAACACCACAGACAGGUGUGACAACUAGCUACUGUAGCUCACAUAAUUUGCUAGCGAAACAGUCCACCCGGUGGUAGCUACAAUUACAGUGCUUUCUAGCUAGUUAGUUUAAAUAAAGCCAGACAUUACAGUAUAAAAAGUAAGGGUCUCAAGUUCAUAUUCAACCAGCCAAGAGGCAGAACAGUUGUCUGGCUUGUGGAGUAGUGGCGGUCAGUGCCAUUUAAGAUGAGGGAGGACGGGGUUUUUUUCAUGAGCAUGGCCUUAUUUCUAUUACAGCAUAUUGGAUGACUGUCAUUCAUAUUCCAUUCACCCAGUUUAAUGUAACAGCGAUAGGUUUAGGCUACUACAUGAUACUCAAAUUUUCCCUAUACUCAUCAUGAGGUUGCUUCCGUUUAAGAAACGUUUUUCAACAGAAUCAGCAGAAUGAAUACACCCCUGAUCACGCAUAAACACACAGCCACGUUGUAUUACUUCUCGCUUCCAUGCGCUCUCCUCAUCCCUACGCGUGUGGACAAUUGUGCCAUCUGGUUUGCUUAAUAUAAGGAAUUUGAAAUGAUUUUUACUUUUGAUACUUAAGUAAAUUAAUGCAAUUACAUUUACUUUUGAUACUUAAGUAUAUUUAAAAUCAAAUACUUAGACUUUUACUCAAGUAGUAUUUUACUGGGUCACUUUUACUUGAGUCAUUUCCUAUUAAGGUAUCUUUACUUUUACUAAAGUAUGACAAUUGGGUACUUUUUCCACAACUGUUAGUGCAUUUUUUUCCCUGCUUUACAAUCCCCAUUUUGGUUUUAUUAUAGAAUUUCUUCCAUAUAGCCAAAUUUCCUCAUCUGCUUCCCCUAUCAAGGUGUUUUUGUACUUCCCUUAUGCACCACGCUUUUCUGCCUGCUUACUAUACAGUCCACUCUAUCCUGCCCUCUAUCCAUAGUGACAAUAGUGGUAGCUGGAUUGUUUGUCCAGAUCUGCAAUAGGCUAACUAGCAAUCAUACCACACACAAAAUCAUUCAAAGCUGCUCCAAUUUUCUAUAUAAAUCCACAAGAACAGAGGAAUACAGUGCCUUGCAAAAGUAUUCAUCCCCCUUGGCGUUUUUCCUAUUUUGUUGCAUUACAACCUGUAAUUUAAAUUGAUUUUUAUUUGGAUUUCAUGUAAUGGACAUACACAAAAUAGUCCAAAUUGGUGAAGUGAAAUGAAAAAAAUAACCCCUUUGCUAUGAAGCCCCUAAAUAAGAUCUGGUCCAACCAAUUACCUUCAGAAGUCACAUAAUUACUUAAAUAAAGUCCACCUGUGUGCAAUCUAAGUGUCACAUGAUCUGUCACAUGAUCUCAGUAUGUAUACACCUGUUCUGAAAGGCCCCAGAGUCUGCAACACCACUAAGCAAGCGGCACCACCAAGCAAGCGGCACCAAGAGGACUGAGCACGCCCCCAUUCUCAUCGACGGGGCUGUAGUGGAACAGGUUGAGAGCUUCAAGUUCCUUGGUGUCCACAUCACCAACGAACUAUCAUGGUCCAAACACACCAAGACAGUCGUGAAGAGGGCACGACAAAGCCUAUUCCCCCUCAGGAGACUAAAAAGAUUUGGCAUGGGUCCUCAGAUCCUCAAAAAAUUCUACAGCUGCACCAUCGAGAGCAUCCUGACUGGUUGCAUCACCGCCUGGUAUGGCAACUGCUUGGCCUCUGACCGCAAGGCACUACAGAGGGUAAUGCGUACGGCCCAGUACAUCACUGGGGCAAAGCUCCCUGCCAUCCAGGACCUCUAUACCAGGCGGUGUCAGAGGAAGGCCCUCAAAAUUGUCAAAGACUCCAGUCACCCUAGUCAUAGACUGUUCUCUCUGCUACCACACGGCAAGCGGUACCGGAGUGCCAAGUCUAGGUCCAAAAGACUUCUCAACAGCUUCUACCCCCAAGCCAUAAGACUCCUGAACAGCUAAUCAUGGCUACCCGGACUAUUUGCACUGCCCCCCACCCCAUCCUUUUUACGCUGCUGCUACUCUGUUAAGUAUUUAUGCAUAGUCACUUUAACUCUACCCACAUGUACAUAUUACCUCAACUACCUCAACUAGCCGGUGCCCCGCACACUGACUAUGCAACGGUACCCCCCUGUAUAUAUAGCCUCCUACUGUCACUUUAUUCUAUUGUAUAUAUAGCCUCCCUACUGUCACUUUAUUUUUUACUUCUGCUCUUUUUUUCUCAACACUUUUUUGUUGUUGUUUUAUUCUACUUUUUUGUUUAAAAUAAAUGCACUGUUGGUUAAGGGCUGUAAGUAAGCAUUUCACUGUAAUGUCUGCACCUGUUGUAUUCGGCGCAUGUGACCAAUAAAAUUUGAUUUGAUUUGAUUUGAUUUGACCAUGAAGACCAAGCUCUCCAAACAGGUCAGGGACAAAGUUGUGGAGAAGUACAGAUUUGAGUUAUAAAAAAAUAUCUGCAACUUUGAACAUCCCACAGAGCACCAUUAAAUCCAUUAUUAAAAAAUGGAAAGAAUAUGGCACCACAACAAACCUGCCAAGAGAGGGCCGCCCACCAAAACUCACGGACCAGGCUAGGAGGGCAUUAAUCAGAGAGGCAACAAAGAGAGCAAAGAUAACCCUGAAGGAGCUGCAAAGCUCCACAGCGGAGAUUGGAGUAUCUGUCCAUAGGACCACUUUAAGCCGUACUGUGAGAAGGUGAGUUGAAGGAGUCAGCCGCAGGAGGGUAAAUCACAGAACACAGAGUUUAUUCCGUAAUACACAGUUACGCUGGAUAGCGUCAACAACACAGUGCGUAAACAGAAGCACUGGAACACAAUAAAUGCACACGGGGAAAAUAACCCCGGCAAUACAAGAUACAGGUAGCUCAACCGAGCUACACUCAUCUCACUUAAAACAAUCACCCACACAGACAGGGAAGCAGAGGGAACACUUAUACAAUGACUAAUGAUGGGAGAAGAACCAGGUGUGUGUGAUUGACAAGACAAGACAAAUGGAAUGAUGAAAAAUGGAGCGGCAGUGGCUAGUAAGCUGGUGACGACGAACGCUGAAACCUGCCCGAACAAGAAGGGGAGGCAGCCUCGGCGGAAGUCGUGACACGUACACUCCACAGAGCUGGGCUUUACGAAAGAGUGGCCAGAAAAAAGCCAUUGCUUAAAGAAAAAAAAUAAGCAAACACGUUUGGUGUUCGCCAAAAGGUAUGUGGGAGACUCCCCAAACAUAUGGAAGAAGGUACUCUGGUCAGAUGAGACUAAAAUAGAGCUUUUUGGCCAUCAAGGAAAACGCUACAUCUGGUGCAAACCCAACACCUCUCAUCACCCCGAGAACACCAUCCCGACAGUGAAGCAUGGUGGUGGCAGCAUCAUGCUGUGGGGAUGUUUUUCAUCGGCAGGGACUGGGAAACUGGUCAGAAUUGAAGGAAUGAUGUAUGGCGCUAAAUACAGGGAAAUUCUUGAGGGAAACCUGUUUCAGUCUUCCAGAGAUUUGAGACUGGGACGGAGGUUCACCUUCCAGCAGGACAAUAACCCUAAGCAUACUGCUAUAGCAACACUCAAGUGGUUUAAGGGGAAACAUUUAAAUGUCUUGGAAUGGCCUAGUCAAAGCCCAGACCUCAAUCCAAUUGAGAAUCUGUGGUAUGACUUAAAGAUUGCUGUACACCAGCGGAACCCAUCCAACUUGAAGGAGCUGGAGCAGUUUUGCCUUGAAGAAUGGGCAAAAAUCCCAGUGGCUAGAUGUGCCAAGCUUAUAGAGACAUACCUCAAGAGACUUGCAGCUAUAAUUGCUGCAAAAGGUGGCUCUACAAAGUAUUAACUUUGGGGGGGUGAAUAGUUAUGCACGCUCAAGUUUUCCGUUUUUUUGUCUUAUUUCUUGUUUGUUUCACCCCCAAAAAUAUUUUGCAUCUUCAAAGUGGUAGGCAAACGAUGUAAACCCCCCAAAAAAUCCAUUUUAAUUCCAGGUUGUAAGGAAACAAAAUAGGAAAAAUGCCAAGGGGGUGAAUACUUUCGCAAGCCACUGUAGCUGAUAGGCAGCGGAGAGGCCAGGUGCAUCAUUGCGCAUGAAAGAAUACUUAAGACACGCAGCUCAAAAAGCUCCCUACUGAUCUUGUUUAGGCCAUACAAAUGUAAUUUACUAUAUAACGGAUGCCCCUCUUUACAUUUCUCAAAAUAGAAAAAAAGCAAACAUAAAACAAUGACUAAUUUAAUUCAUAUGAAACUAUUUUUUUCAUGCUGAAACAGUCCAUUUUCAAUGUUUUUCCCAAAAAACCUUCCUAAUAAAUGUUGACUGCAAAGUAGGCCUACCUGGCAGAAUGAUAUCAUUAUUAUUUGUAUCAAUGGGGUGCACAUUUGUUUUGCAUACUCUGUCCAUCAUAUGUGCAGUACAGAAACCUGACAGUAACGCCGCUAGCCUAACAAAAAUGUACUGUGACUAAAACUCAGUUGGGACAUACUUUCAAUGGUGCUCUCCAACAGCUGACACUAAUAUAGUGGAUUGGGGGGGGUACCCUAACUGUGACUCAAACCCUGGUCCCUGGUCCCUGUCAUUCCAAAACCAUUAUACUGUCACAAUCCUCGCUAUAUGAGCCAUGAUGAGGGUGGCAGAUAGGCUAGCGGUUAAGAGCGUUGAGCCAGUAACUGAAAAGUCGCUGGUUCGAAUCCCCAAGCCAACUAGGUGAAAAGUCUGUCGAUGUGCUCUUGAGCAAGGCACUUAACCCUAAUUGCUCCUGUAAGUCGCUCUAGAUAAGAGCGUUUGCUAAAUGACUAAAAUGUAAAUGUAAAAUGUAAUGAUACAAUUCCUAUCAAGUGGAGUAACCGUAUUGGCACGAUCCCAUAGGGUGUUUUCCUUUCUCUUACAAAACAUCUUUAACUUUAAAACAUUUUAAUUACAUUCAUAGAUUGUCAAGCCAAGCCUUUGGUACUGAGUAGGGAGGGAUCUAUUUUCUGUUUGUCGAGAUUUACAUAAUCAAUUUGAUUGUAGUGUUGAAAACGUAAACCACGAUGAAGUCGGUAAUCGGUAUGCAGUUAUGCAUUACUUAUUGGUUGUGUGUGGUGCAAUGGCACAGAAACUUGUUGGUGGAAAACGUUGCAUAUGUUUUAUAUAAUUAAGUAAUAAGGCACGAGGGGGUGUGGAUAUGGCCAAUAUAUCAUGGCUAAGGGCUGUUCUUACGCAUGAUGCAACACAGUGUGCCUGCAUAUAGCCCUUAGCCGUGGAUAAGAGCGUAAAUGACUAAAAUGUAAAUUGUAUAUUGGCCAUAUACCACAAACCCCCAAGGUGCCUUAUUGCUAUUAUAAAUUGGUUACCAACGUAAUUAGAACAGUAAAAAGUAAUUUCAGCUAAUCAGCAUUCAGGGCUCGAACCACCCAGUUUACAAUUAUAAAUAUAGCAUCAAAAUGUUGAAAAUCUGAUUUCCCCCUAGCUGAUGAUCAUUGUCUGCAGCCGUCUCUGAUCGUAGUGUAAUGAGACAGGCAGGGAGAGUGAGCUCGUCAGUGGUGGUCAGCAAACCCUCAACCUUCUGGCCCGUAGCCCUGCGUGGCAUCGACUGUGCCACAGAACCAUGCUGAAGUGGUCAAUUCGAUAUCCACGUUUACUCAUUUUGCCAUGAGGCAGAGACACAUCUUUGCAGUUUUAAAGCUAAUUUCCUGCAAUUCAACACAUUUUGCCAUGACGUAUGCAACAUGAAUGAUAUCUGAGUGAGAGUGAUUAACAACAUCAAUGGGGGCCCCCUGGAGGUCAGGGCCCCUGGGCAUGUGCCCGGUCGGUAUUAGGCAAUGAUAGCUGGCUAGAAUAACUUAGCAAUCAAAAAAUUGUUAGCUGACAUGGCUAAUUGAGUGACUGUCAGUAACUGACAGAACAAGAGAAAAACCGCUGAUGCACAACCACAUUUCGAAAUUGCACCUUGUGUAUUCUACUAUUCUAACUCUCAACAGUAAGUUGAGACCCCGACUGAGUUCCAAAAAAAUAAAUAAAGAACGCUCUUUUUUUUUGCAGGACAAAGGGAGGGUCAUGUGAAAAUGCGUCCGAGGGCCUAAGCGACCACUUAUGCUUGGAGCCAGCCCUGCACAAGUUGGUGUUUUGAACCCUAUGAACUGUGCGCAUAGGAUACCACAUAACCACAUAACCAUAUGAAAGGUCUGAAUGUAGGCAUAGUUAUCCUUGUUCAAUACUGGAUAGCCCUGGUGAGGUGCAGGUAGGGUUGUCGUGGGAGAACAGUAGGAAGUUACCCUAUGACACCAGCAGAGGGACACAGCAACUGGGCAGGUGAGGUGAGACCUUUCUGCAAGAGAAUUUUCCUGCCAACAGUAACCCUGGAAUGCUGCCAGUAUAGGCUACCUCUCUCAGCCAUUGAUUUGUGAAUCUAUUGUGACCGUCACUGAUAAUGGUAUCAUGUCCCUUUUCCCAGCGCCGCAUCCUUUGUGGAUUUGUGUCUGACAGUAGAGAUGUAGAAGCCAAGCUGAUGGUGUAUGGGGACCAGUGCUGUAGAAUGCCUCAUUACUAGUAGAAGUCUUCAUCCACUGUUGGCCGGUCCAAAUUUGCUCCCUACCUCUCCCCCUUGGCCCUAACCCUUUGUUGUUUUUUCUCACCCUCUCUCCUCUCUCUCUCCUAGUGAACAGGCCAGCCUGAGGCAGCAGGUGGUGGAGGAGGACACAGAGGAUUGGCAGAGAAGUCCAGACUUCACCGGGCUGGAGAGGGUUGGAGGAGUGGACCUGUCGUUCAUCAAAGGAGAUGAUGUCAACGCCUGUGCCCAGCUAGUGGUACUCAGCUACCCAGACCUAGAGGUAAGGCACUGACUCAAACCAUUUCUAUGCUAAUGCUAACCAUGGGCUGUAUCUUAAUGCUAUAAAUUGGUUUCCUUUUCUCCUCUGCCUCAUAAGCACUGCUUGAGCAUACUGGAUGAAAGAAAGAUGGUGUUCUUUUUGUGUUUCACCUGUAUAGCUCUUCUGUAUUAGUGUGGAUCAAGGAAAGGAGACAAGGAAAGGAAGUGACUUGAAGGUAUUGACAUACAGGCCAUGUCUGUUCAGUCAUCCUAGCAGUUUGUGACCAUGAGUCUUGCCUCAACUUUUCAUUGCCUCUAUUUUUCAUUCUUAACCGUUCCACUCCCUCUAUUGGACCCGACCCUAAUUCUCCAUCAAGGGCUGUCAACACAUUCUGUAACACAACCCAUCAUAAUUAAUAAUAUUUGCCAGCUUGUUUUGUUGAUACAUGGACCAAUUUUGUUGUAAUGUUAUUAUACUAAGGCUAAUUAAAUGUUCCCCAGUCAGAGCAGACACAAUAAUUUACCCAGAGUCUCUCCCAUAGUUUUUUAUUGGAUUUAUUCACAUCAUAAGCCCAAACAAUUUCAGUAUAGCCAAGAGACACAAUUAGUUUUGACAAAUUGUCUGCUUGAAGUUAAAAUAAUGUUGAAUAUCCAAGGAUGAAUAUCUGAGUAAUUUUCUGAAUUACAGUAAUUUGUGUGACAUUCACAUGACAAUUAACAUAGAAGAUUGUAAAAUACUAAAUGAAAAUUCUGACAAUGACAGGCAUUUUUGCAGUAUUACAACCACUCCUCCUCAAUCAUGCGCAGGUCAGCAGCUUUUUCAUGACGAACUCGAUCCAGUAGACGGCCCUGUCCAGUGGCUUCAUGGGAUGGUCUCUGUGCAGUCUGGAGAGCCUCUGCAUGUUGGACUUGUAGGCCCCAUUGUGGAGAACGUCCUGCAAGCCCUGAAGAAAGAUCCCUCUAUUAAAACUGCCGAUGUCUAAAUCCUUGGCGGCUCCUCUCUCUUCCAGCCGGAGAAGAUUGUGAAAUUGUCUCGGAACAGUGGCAAACCCAACACCAUGGUAAAUGGCCUCCUGGACACCAUUUGUAACCCCAUGUGACACAAAAGCUCUGAUCUUGUCAUGACCAAGGUGGUCAGACUGAGGCAGCCAUUUUACCAGGAGGGUAUUGUUAGCCAUAAUGGAGGGCUUGUCGCUAACAUGUUUCCACAUGACUUUCUGAGGCAUCUGGGAAAAGGCAGAAGCAAUUUCAGUGGAUACAUCCCUCGUAAGCCUAAGGAUCCUAACUACAUUAUAACGACCCCAUGUUCUCCAGAGCUCUGAACAAACUCUUCUAGCUCUGUGGAGAGCGGUUGAGCAGGCUUACAGUAGAAGCCACCAAUGUGUACAAUGUUUGGCAUAGUUGGACAUGGAGACUCGAAAACAAAAUCUGAGCGAAUCAACCAUAGGUCAGCUGAACGGAGCGAUGUGUAAUAAUAUCUCGGCCAAAGUAUUUAUCACAAAGCUCAUCAUAGUAUAGAUCGAACUCUACAAUUUCCUGGUAAACCAUAAUACCAUAAAACAUAUUUCUGAGCCUCUGUAAGAAAUUCAUAUCCUCCGAUAAACCUGAUCUAAAAACUGAAACAAAUGACAAUGGUGAGGGAGAAAUAGCAAAAUGGGCUAUACCAGCUGUGGUCUAACGAGUGCUGUUAACUAAAGGCAAUCUAAUAAAAUGCGCCAGUAAGACUCCCCGACCCCAUGCAGGAUCUGUGAGCACAAUGUCAUACCUCGCUUCCACAAGGCUUUUCAUUUGUUCUUUAUCCUCAACCAUUGCUCUUACCGUACCACACAUACUUUCUUGAAUCUUUGAAAGUAUAUCAACAUGAGCAUUUUGUUCUCUGAAGAAUUUCAUAAGAAAUGUAUCCUCUCUGUGUAUUUGAAGGAUUGUUUGCACAAGUGAUAUAAUGGAAUUUUAUCAUGCCCGCCUAUUGUUGGGAUGCUUAUCAAGGUGUAGAGUAGGGAUGGGCAACUGUAGAUUCAGAUAAUUUUCUAUUUAUCAGAGCCAUUAGGUUUUGUACCAGAAUCAGUACGGCUUUAAAGUGAUAGUUCUGUGAAAUUAUAUACAGUGGGGAAUACAAGUAUUUAGUCAGCCACCAAUUGUGCAAGUUCUCCCACUUAAAAAGAUGAGAGAGGCCUGUAAUUUUCAUCAUAGGUACACGUCAACUAUGACAGACAAAAUGAGAAAAAAUAAUCCAGAAAAUCACAUUGUAGGAUUUUUUAUGAAUUUAUUUGCAAAUGAUGGUGGAAAAUAAGUAUUUGGUCAAUAACAAAAGUUUCUCAAUACUUUGUUAUAUACCCUUUGUUGGCAAUGACACAGGUCAAACGUUUUCUGUAAGUCUUCACAAGGUUUUCACACACUGUUGCUGGUAUUUUGGCCCAUUCCUCCAUGCAGAUCUCCUCUAGAGCAGUGAUGUUUUGGGGCUGUCGCUGGGCAACACAGACUUUCAACUCCCUCCAAAGAUUUUCUAUGGGGUUGAGAUCUGGAGACUGGCUAGGCCACUCCAGGACCUUGAAAUGCUUCUUACGAAGCCACUCCUUCAUUGCCCGGGCGGUGUGUUUGGGAUCAUUGUCAUGCUGAAAGACCCAGCCACGUUUCAUCUUCAAUGCCCUUGCUGAUGGAAGGAGGUUUUCACUCAAAAUCUCACGAUACAUGGCCCCAUUCAUUCUUUCCUUUACACGGAUCAGUCGUCCUGGUCCCUUUGCAGAAAAACAGCCCCAAAGCAUGAUGUUUCCACCCCCAUGCUUCACAGUAGGUAUGGUGUUCUUUGGAUGCAACUCAGCAUUCUUUGUCCUCCAAACACGACGAGUUGAGUUUUGACCAAAAAGUUCUAUUUUGGUUUCAUCUGAUCAUAUGACAUUCUCCCAAUCCUCUUCUGGAUCAUCCAAUUGCUCCCACAGUUGAUUUCUUCAAACCAAGCUGCUUACCUAUUGCAGAUUCAGUCUUCCCAGCCUGGUGCAGGUCUACAAUUUUGUUUCUGGUGUCCUUUGACAGCUCUUUGGUCUUGGCCAUAGUGGAGUUUGGAGUGUGACUGUUUGAGGUUGUGGACAGGUGUCUUUUAUACUGAUAACAAGUUCAAACAGGUGCCAUUAAUACAGGUAACGAGUGGAGGACAGAGGAGCCUCUUAAAGAAGAAGUUACAGGUCUGUGAGAGCCAGAAAUCUUGCUUGUUUGUAGGUGACCAAAUACUUAUUUUCCACCAUAAUUUGCAAAUAUAUUCAUUAAAAAUCCUACAAUGUGAUUUUCUGGAAUUUUUUUUUCUCAAUUUGUCUGUCAUAGUUGAUGUGUACCUAUGAUGAAAAUUACAGACCUCUCUCAUCUUUUUAAGUGGGAGAACUUGCACAAUUGGUGGCUGACUAAAUACUUUUUUUCCCCACUGUAUUUAGAUUUUAAAAAAAGGAAAACCCGCACACUGAAAAAAAACAGGCGACAGGCUUAUUUAUUUUUCAUAUUUGCAGUGAAACGAUCGUAAGCACUUAAGUCAAGGUCGGUCACCUGACGUUUUUCAGGGUGCGGUAUAUACUCUUGUUUUUUAAUGCUAGUUUCUGCCAAAACCAGCACCUGGACCUAGACACACUGCUGUGCACAAUAGUUUCUCUUUCUUUGUUUAUAUAUAUUUGUAUAUACAGUGAGGUUCAAAAGUAUUUGGACAGUGACAUAUGUAUUGUUGUUUUGGCUCUGUACUCCAGCACUUUGGAAUGAAAUUAUACAAUGACUAUAAGGUAAGUGCAGACUGACUGUCAGCUUUAAUUUGAGGGUAUUUUCAUCCAUAUCGGGGGAACUGUUUAGAAAUAUCAGCACUUUUUGUACGUAGUCCCCCCAUUUUAGGGAACGAUUAAUGAAUGAAUCGUGAAUAAAGAUGAAAGUUACAUUGGCAUAAAUAUCAUACACCCCCCCAAAAAAAUGCUAACCUCCCCUGUUAUUGAUGAUGGUGAGAGGUUAGCAUGUCUUGGGGGUAUGAUAUAUGUGCGUCUGUAACUUUCUCACUCAUCAUUAUUCACGAUUCAUUCAUAAUUAUCCGUAAUCAUGGUAACAUCCACAUGAAUGUAGAAGUGUUCAGAAACAUUUUCUAUUCUUAUUUACAAUAAAAGUGACUCCAAAAUGACACAAUACAUUAUUUACCAAUCAUUUCUAUUGGCCACAAAAUAUUCUGAAACAUAACCAAAACAAACUGAAAAUGCAUCCAACAAGUUUGUAGAGUCACAAGAUUGCCUUCAGAAAGUAUUCACACCCUUUGACUUUUUCCACAUUUUAUUGUGUUACAGCCUGAAUUUAAAAUGGAUUAAAUGUAGAUUUUUUUUACUGGCCUAAAUACAAUACCCCAUAAUGUCAAAGUGGAAUUAUGUUUUUAGAAAUGUUUACAAAUUAAUAAAAAAUGUAAAGCUGAAAUGUCUUGAGUCAAUAAGUAUUCAACCCCUUUGUUAUGGCAACCAUAUUAAAUAUUUUCAAGCAUAGUGGUGGCUGCAUCAUGUUAUGGGUAUGCUUGUAAUCGUUAAGGACUGGGGAGUUUUUCAGAAACAAAAAAGAAACGGAAUGGAACUAAGCACAGACAAAAUCCUAGAGGAAAACCUGGUUCAGUCUGCUUUCCACCAGACACUGAGAGAUGAAUUCAUCUUUCAGCAGGACAAAAACCUAAAACACAUAGCCAAAUCUAUACUGGAGUUGCUUACCAAGAAGACAGUGAAUGUUCCUGAGUGACUGAGUCACAAUUUUGACUUAAAUCUACUUGAAAAUCUAUGGCAAGACCUGAAAAUGGUUGUUUAGAAAUGAUCAUCAACCAAGUUGACAGAGCUUGAAGAAUUUUGAAAAGAGUAAUGGACAAAUGUUGCACAAUCCAGGUGUGGAAAGCUCUUAGAGACUUACCUAGAAAGACUCACAGCUGUAAUUGCUGCCAAAGGUGCUUCUACAAAGUAUUGGGUGUCAAUACUUAAGGAAAUUAGAUAUUUUUGUAUUUCAUUUUAAAUACAUUUGCAAACAUUUCUAAAAACAUAUUUUCACUUUGUAAUUACGGGGUAUUGUGUGUAGAUGGGUGAGAAAAAAAUACAUAUUUAAUCUAUUUUGAAUUCAGGCUGUAGCACAACAAAAUGUGGAAUAAGUUUAGGAGUAUGAAUACUUUCUGAAGGCAAUGUAUUAGAUAUAACACGGGCACACAUUUAUGCCGGUGUUCUCUGUUGUCUGUUCCCUGUGCCCACUACCAGCUGCUGUAUGAGGACAGUCAGAUGGUGACCCUAACCGCCCCCUACAUCUCAGGGUUCCUGGCCUUCAGGGAGACCCCCUAUCUGCUGGAGGCCCUGCAGCGCCUGGAGACGACCCAGCCCAGCCUGCUACCUCAGGUCAGGGCCUGGCCACACACACAACCUGGCUUAUCAUUGGCAUUGGAGAUGUUGCAGUUUAACUGACUUAGUUACUGUUAUACUCCGAGAACCCGAAUGUCUCAAUUUUGUUGAAACUAAAUAUCACUCUGAAAUGUCUCAGACUAAUGUCUAACUUUUGUUGAGACUAAAGGUUAGUAUAAUUUCAUAGAAAAUUAGUACAAUUUCAUAGAAAAUUAGUACAAUUUCAUUGAAAAAUAGUACAAUUUCAUUGAUGUUGUCGGUUUGCUGUGUCCAACUGUUUAACUGUUCACCUCGGAGCGAUACGUCUCAAUGUGUUAAUACCUUUCUUUUCAGCUAUCCUAUCCCCUCUAUCUUCCUCUCCCACGAUGUGACUCCAGUCAGCUUUAUCAUCCAUUCCUUCCCACUCUCCUGUGUUAGUCACAGCCCACACAAAUCACUCAUUCCCACCUCAAGUCGGGUCCCUGUCCACACACACACACACGCAAAACACCUCUCCCACGCAAAACACGCACACACACUCUGCCUAACUCACACACACUACCCUCAUGGAUUUAUCACUGACAUUUACCCAUGGGCACUGACAGACCAGUACCUGCUGUUUUAUGUACAGCUCCUACAAUGAUUUCUUCAUGACUUAUGAUUCACAGAAGAAAUAUGCCUGUACAACCACCUUGGCACUGUAAGAAUUCACUGAAUGGGCGGUUGGCAUAGUUCAAUACAUCCAUCCAAUAAAAUCUCACUAAGUUUUGUGAAAACUCUCCUUUAGUUAGCCUGUAAUGAAGAAAGACCUCAUGCUAAGUACAAGGGACAGCAGAGAGCUGCUUUGAGACUUGCUCAUCUCUCACGUUGCUUCUUUCUGUAUCUGCCCCCAAUAGGUGGUCUUGGUGGAUGGGAAUGGUCUGUUCCACUACAGAGGUGAGUAGUGGAACAGGCUACAUACUGUCUACUAAUAGCAUUUACUACUAACAGUAGCCUGCUAUAUACGUGCAUUCUCAACCAGCCUGUUAAAUAGGAUAACGUAUGAGAAUUGAGACUUAAGCUGGUUGUGACGGUCACGUCCCAUACUAUACAUAUGGGGUUGUCUUUUUUCCAGAGUUUGGCCUGGCGUGUCACCUGGGAGUUCUGUCAGGGCUUCCUUGUAUAGGUGUGGCCAAGAACCUCCUGCAGGUACAGGGUGUGGAGAAGAACGAGGAACACCAGUCACAAGUGAGAGCUCCACCACUCACAUUUCACACUACUAGAGACCAAAAUGCUGAACGGAUAAACACAUUUUUGAGGAGGGGGGAAUUGCAUUGAAUCAAAUUACUAAUUUCCAUUGAUUGAAUGCCCGUAAGGGCGGGGUGUCGCUAGUUAUAUUUAAUUCGUUUUUAGUUUUUACAAUAAUCAACUAGUUAACACAUUCUGAUGGAUAGCACUCAACUGAGAUCUCAACUGGCAUUGGACUACUGAACUGUAGCCCACCUACAGUAUGGCUGCAUUUGAACAAAUGUCUGAUCUCCAAUGUCAAGCUUUUGUCAAGGUUUUCUUCUCCUCCUCUUCUGUUGUUGACAGACUUCACUUACCAUCCUCGGUGGUAUGGUCCCUUUUCCUGUGGCUGUAUUAUGUAGUAGAGAACAAGAAACCUUGACUGAAAAAAGCAAAAUAAUUAUAGGCCUAAGGUUUUAGUGUUCAUUUAAUCUUCAUGAAUCAUUUAUGUGGGAUCUUGUCUACCUUUGUGCUCAAUUUUUCACUCUUAGUCGUACUGUAGCUGUAAUGAAAUUGGAGUACAGAGAGCUCAAUGCAUUAUUCAUCAUUCUAUUGUGAUCACAUUUUUUUAAGGUAGUGUGUUUUCUUGCCUGGAUCUAUUGUAAUGUUUUAUUGUGGGAUGUUACAGUUUCUCUCCCUAGUGUUUCUGUGGCUUGAACAGUAAUUAUACAAGUCGAGCAAAAACCUGUUGGUGAAAACCGUAAACCAGCUCUUAUUGAAGAGAAUACUGGUGGGAGAAGUCUCCAGUAAAUAUAUUUUUUAAAGCAAUUUGGCAGCAAUUCGUAUUAUGCAAAUGUUCCCUUUGUUUCGUUGUGGAAAAUUUCAAUCCAAAGUCACAAAUAAUUACAUUUUAAGGAAAUUAAUUGCAUGCUUCAGGCUUGCAACAAGGCAGUGCAAUAGUGGGAUGGUUUGGUGUCUGUAAUGACUGAUGGAGGGGUGAUAGUAAUGACAGAGGUAAAGGAGGUAAGGGAUUUGGAAUGAGAGAGAGGGAGACCGACAGACAGACAUGGCACUAAUAUGACUAAUGUGACCACAAUGCUAACAGAUUUCCAUAGUAAAAGGCCAUGGGAGUUUAGCGCAGUACCCAGAACACACGCCACCAGCAAUCAACUGCCAAACGGCUCCACACCCUAAAAACUAAAUUACCAGGCAGUAACCGCAGCUCAAACGGUCCCCACGACGCACAUCUAUGUUAGCGUAGCGCACUAAUCUUACAUAACACUUUGUGAAAAAACCUCGAUGUCCCUCAGCUCUGCUUUAGCUCUAACGGCUGUUCUGUUUAGACUCAGAUUAGGUUUCCACUGGCACUGUUUAUGACCAGAGAAACAGGUUGCGGCUCCCAAGUUAAUUAGAUCUCUCUCAGGCGACUCUUAACGUCUCACAGACGAUAGCGAUAGCAUAAGCCUCGCUAACCAAACUACUGUAGCCACGGUGUGGAUUGCAGUGGCUGAGAUUUCUGAGCUGUUGAUACAAUAUCUGUCAGUUAGCUACUGUUAGCUAAAGCGUUUGCUCUUGGCUUUCAUUAAGGUAUCAGGUAGCUUUUAGCCAUCCAGAUACAUUUCCCUCUGGCUUUUAGCUAGCGACGCUCCAGUUAUUUUAAAUGAAACAUUAGAACACCUCUUAUCUUGAUUUUGAUACUUGGCGUCAGGAUCUGUUUUCAAACGAUGACUCACUACGGAUUGUAGAAUGAUAGAUGUGACCUCCCUGACUUUAAUAUUGCUUAGAUACUAGCGUAGCGUUAAACCUUCAUGUGUGUAAUUGUUUUUGCUCAUUAAUCACAUCAAUGCAACAUGAGUCAUAUUUGUUCCUCCGACUGCUCUCACCUGAAAUUAGAUUAGGGGAAUAUGUGUUCAUACAUCAAGAGUAAAGGAGAUGUCAAUCCAAUGUGUCUCUAGGGUUUCGAAAUGUCCAAGUGUUUCGUAACAUUGCGAUGACGCCCAAGAGGUUUACUGUUGGACAAUCAAUUCAAAUCCAAUCCAAAUGUCAAUUUAAACAUCGCAAUGCAAUUUACUUGAAUUGUUCAUGGGAUUUAAACAUGAAGGCGUUUAUAGAAGUUCCUGUAAUCAUGGAGCCUCUGUUGUCACGGUGACAUCACAUUUCUGUCUCCCUGUUACCCCCUGUGUCUUAUUAUGGGCUAAAGGUUUGUAUGGACAUGCCACUGGUCUUCUCCCAUUGUGUGUGUGUGUGCACGUGUACAUAUGUGUGUGUUAUGCGUCACUGCAACACAUUCAGGUGUACAGGCCAUCAGUGGUUCUAUUGUGUGUAUUGCCAGGGAGUGACUCACUGAGGCCUGUUGAAUGAGAGUGCUAGAUGGAUAGAGGCUUCAGUCCAUUCACACGGCAGCUGCUGCACCCGUCUGCUGCUCUGUGGCUGAAAUUCCUCUCUCUUGUUCGCUUCUUUCUUUUGCUCCGCUCGGUUUCCCAGCUCUCUCUCACUCCUUUCACUCCUUCUUCUCUCUUUUACUCUCUCUGCAACUGCCGUCUCUCGAUAUCCCAUCAUUAUCUUUCCCUCUCCCUGUUCUCCCAGACCUGCACUCUUUCUCCCUCCUCCUCUUCCUCUCUGGCACUGAGUCAAACCACUGUGUUAUUGAUGGUUGGCCUGUCUCAUGUCCUACUGCCCAGGGCGGCUGACACAGACACACUGGUCUCCUAGACACCACCAGAUGGGCCCUACCUGUCCUGUAUUAUAAUUAGUUAUAGUGAAAUGGUUUGGACAUCAAUGCUUUCAUUAGUUCAAACCCUCAUCAUCUCCAAUGAGACACCUGUUACAGCAUCAGACUUGGCAACAGGGAUGAGGAUGGUUCGUUUUGAUCAGAAUGUUUCUCAAGCUGAUUACAGGAUAUGAGAGCUCAGUGUAUCAUCCAAUAUGUGCAUCAUCCAAUAUGUGAAAUAUCCGAUUUUUAGCUUUCAAGUUUAAGGUCGAGUGAAGACGGGAUUGUGCGGUGUUUCUCGGACCGAUGACUCACGCUAUCCUAUGCACUUCAAAUGAGAUAUACACUACAUGACCAAAGGUAUGUGGACACCUGCUCGCCGAAAAUCUCAUUCCAAAUUCAUGGGCAUUAAUAUGGAGUUGAUCCCCCUUUGCUGCUAUAACAGUCUCCACUCUUCUGGGAAGGCUUUCCACUUGAUGUUGGAACAUUGCUGCAGGGAUUUGCUUCCAUUCAGCCACAAGAGUAUUAGUGAGGUCGGGCACUGAUGUUGGGCGAUUAGGCUGGCUCGCAGUCGGCAUUCCAAUUCAUCCUGAAGGUGUUCGAUGGGGUUGAGGUCAGGGCUCUGUGCAGGCCAGUCAAGUUCUUCCACACCAAUCUCAACAAAACAUUUCUGUAUGGACCUUGCUUUGUGCACAGGGGCAUUGUCAUGCUGAAACAGGAAAAGGCCUUCCCCAAUCUGUUGCCACGAAGUCGGAAGCAAAGAAUUGUCUAGAAUGUCAUUGUUUGCUGUAGCGUUAACAUUUCCCUUCACUGGAACUAAGGAGCCUGAACCAUGAAAAACAGCCCCAGACCAUUAUUCCUCCUCCACCAAACUUUACUGCCAGAUGGUAAAGCGUGAUUCAUCACUCCAGAGAAUGAGUUUCCACUGCUCCAGAGUCCAAUGGUGGCGAGCUUUACACCACUCCAGCCGACGCUUGGCAUUGCACAUAGUGAUCUUAGGCUUGUGUGUGGCUGCUCGGCCAUGGGAACCCAUUUCAUGAUGCUCCCGACCAACAGUUAUUGUGCUGACGUUGCUUCCAGAGGCAGUUUGGAACUCUGUAGUGAGUGUUGCAACCGAGGACAGAGACGAUUUUUACAAGCUUCAGCACUCGGCGGUCCCGUUCUGUGAGCUUGUGUGGCCUACCACUUCGCAGCUGAGCCAUUGUUGCUCCUAGACGUUUCCACUUCACAAUAACAGCACUAACAGUUGAGCGGGGCAGCUCUAGCAGGGCAGAAAUUUGACUAACUGACUUUUUGGAAAGGUGGCAUCCUAUGACAGUGCCACGUUGAAAGUCAAUGAGCUCUUCAGUAAGGCCAUUCUACUGCUCGACUUUAUACACUUGUCAGCAACGGGUGUGGCUAAAAUAGCCGAAUUCACUAAUUCGAAGGGGUGUCCACAUACUUUUGUGUAUAUAGUAUAUUACCAAGGAGGGAACAGGACAGCUACUAGCAUGUUGCCUUGUGAGAAAGACAGGAACAUGGCUGACAGGGCUGUGAAGAACAUGUCAGGGUCUCAUCCUCCCCUCGAAGAAAAGAGAGACCGAGGAGAUGGGAGAGAGAAAGACAGACGGAUAGGCUAUUGCAAGAAAAAUAUACACACGCACAGACAGACAGACAGACAGAGAGAAAGUCAGACAGCCACAGAUGGACGGACAAACAGACUGACUGAAAGUCUAGUAGUGUGCAUGAAGGAUGUUCUGACUCCACUCCUCCUCCUCAGAUUGCCUCAUUGCAGAAGGGAGGAGACAGCUUCCCUCUGACUACCGACUCAGGAAAAGUGCUGGGGAGGGUAAGACUCACACACACAUUCACUGUUUGCACACGAACACAUAAUCAGUAGUUCUAAACAUACAUUCACUCCUCUGUCUGUCGCUCUCUUUCUCCUCUCUCUCUCUCUCCAUCCCUUUUCGCCCUCUUUCUUUCUAGGCCCUGCGUAGUUCUGACAGCAGUACCAAACCAGUGUAUGUUUCAGUGGGCCACAAGAUCAGCCUGGACACGGCCCUGCGCCUCACACACUCCUGCUGCCGCUACCGUGUCCCAGAGCCUAUCAGACAGGUACACACACACACACAGAGUCAACACACACACACACACACACAUAAACACAUUACCACACAUACACAAACACAUGCACACACGCAUACGAAAGAGCCACUCAGUCACCAGAUUAGUAGUCAGUCCGAUCAAUGAAAGCCAACUGAGAAAAACCCUGUCAAAUGUCAAAUGGCUGGGAGGAACAUAGCAAAUCAAUACGGGACACCAUGGGAAGUUAAUCUGUCUGUCUAUGCUUCUCUCAUAGAGAGUAUAGAGGUCGCACUUGCCACAAAGCCUGUUGUAGCAUGGGCAGCGCCAUUGAAGUUUAUAAAUGGCUCUCUUUCUAACUUUAUGCUCAUCUCCACCUGCGGUCUGUUAGUGUUAUUCUGCAUUCCUACCACUAGACUGUGCUGUUACCUUAGAGAUAAGUGUGGUGGCAUAACUCAUCUGCCUUACACACCGUGCUGCUGUCAAAACCAGCCCUGCACUGCACCCAGUGCUCUCUCUCACACACACACACACGCACAUAAACACGCUCGCUCACUCACUCACUUUCUCUCUCACUGUCUCAUUCUCUCUCUCUUUCUCUUUCUCUCUCUUUCUCUCUCUCGCUGUGUCUCGCUCUCUCCAACCCCUCUCUCUGUCUCUCGCUGUCUUUUUCUCCACCUGCCCACACAACACACGCACACAAACAGCGACGCCGCGCGCGCGCGGGCGCGCGCGCGCGAGCGAAACCGCUCGCGCCGAGCGCACGACGCCGGAGCGCGCGCGCGAGCGCGCGCGGCGCGCGCGAGAAACGCGCGCGCGCGGCGCGCGACACGGCGCGCUGCAGAGCUCGCACGACUUCGCUCUCGCGAGUGCUCUCUCGCUCUCUCUCUCUCUACACCUCUCUCUACACCUCUCUCUCUCUCUCUCUCUCUCUCUACACCUCUCUCUCUCUCUCUCUCUCUCUCUACACCUCUCUCUACUCCUGUCUCUCUCUUUCUCCAGACGGUCGUCAAGGUUGACCCUCGACAAACCGUACGGCUGCCAGCCAGCACUCAAACACGUGCACACACACACACACACACACACACACACACACACUGAUGAUAGCUCGGAGCCAGCAACGACAGGUUGCCAAAUUUUCUCGUGCCGUGGAAACAACAAUAUGCUCCUGCUCCUCAGCGUUUUAAUUGCGGUUUACUGUUGGGACCCAAACACAGGAGCAGGUGGCGGAGGGUUGCCAAAUAAGGGCACAGGCAUCGUUUAUGCUUUCAGGAAGAGGGACAAAUUGGAGCGUGUAUGUUAAUUUGGUGUUUUGGGACACCGGAAGUAGGGAUUUGGUUUGACAGGUUCGGAUAAGUAGCUGGGUAUGUAGACUGCACAUGUUAGAUGGGUUGGGGACCAUACUGUAGCAAAGUGAUUUUAACUAGGUUGCAGCAGCACCUGUUCAGAGUGUAAACGUAAACCCCUAGCCUCUUUUUCCAUUCCCCUUCUCCUCUCCUAUCUUUUCCUGUCCUUUCCACUUCUCUUCUCUCAUCUUCUCCUCUUUUCUUUCCUCUCCUCCAUUCUCCUCCCAUCCCCUCUUUCAUCUAAUUUCCUCCCCUUUACCUUUCCUCACCUCUCUUAUUCCUCUCUUCUACUCCUCCCCUUCUCACUGUACCUAAACCUGAGAAAAAGAAAAUCCCUCAGUCUGUCUGAUCUCGACAGUUAAAAGAGAGAGAUGAAAGAGAAAGAUGACAUCAUGGUUGGAGUCUGCAGUGAAGAGUUGGUGGUGUAGAGGGCUGAAGGCAGUGAAGGCACUGCAGCAGAGUCUGUAUGCACAGUGUGUUGAGUGCGGAGGAACACACGCUUUUACACUAACAUAAUCAAGCUCUCCAUCUCACCCACUCACGCUCAUAUACACUUUUAAACUCUCAUAGACUCACUGUAACAAAUACACUCAUUCAUAUCAAUAUUAUGCACACUCACUUGCUCAUACACUCAUUCACGCACACAUAUUCUUGUCAGUCACUGAGAAAGCAUGAGACAGCGUUGCCCAUUGCAGACAUUCAACCUUUUCCAUGAGUAAACAGUCUUAGAGCCCUUAGAGGAAGAUUGACAAGUGUGUGUCAAUAACACACACACACACACUCCCCUCCUCCUUUCCUAAUAAGGCCACAAACAAAGCUAAUGGACAGUAGGAGUCCUUUCACCUAAUGAUGAGAGAGGCCAGGCAGGCCCUACAAUGCUUAACACCGCACCAUUCACACACAGUGGACCCUGUGUGUGUGUGUGUGUGUGUGUGUGUGUGUGUGUGUGUGUGUUCAUGCGUGUGUGCGCGUGUCGCCCUUGUGUGUGUGUCUACGGCCACAUCCGCUUGGCUGCUAAUUAUCUCCGGACAGCAGAAAUCCAUACUAACUGACAGGAAGACAUGAACUUGUUAAUAGACAACAAGGAACUAAAACUAAAGCCAUAACAGUAGUGUACUCUACUACCUACACUCUCUUUCCUUUAGGGAGGAAGGAGGACUCACCAGUGUAGUUGAUGACUGCAGCUGAGGAACAUCGCCAGUCUUGUGGCACUGACCAUUGCCAGUCAGUUAUGGCUAGUAGUAGUAAUCAAUUCAAUUUAGUAAAGCUUUAUUGUACCCAAAGGGGUGAAUUGUUGACAAGACAAAGCACAAUGAUGUGUCCAGUGUCGCACAGUCCUGCAGACAGGGUAACGACGUUAGAAGGAUAGACUGGUGAAAAACGACUAAAACGAACAAUGCCUUGCUUCUGUAGUGAAAUAGUCGUUCUAUUCAACAGUAAAUAUGUACCGAAAGGCAAUAUUUCUUAGGUAAAAUUUUACCUCAGAGUAUAAAUGUCAUGAUUCUGGUAGGAGUCCGCAACUACAGUAGGCACUCCACUCUGGGUGGCUGUUCUAGUGCUACCCUAUCUCCAUGCCUAUAUCCUCCAUGGCACCACUGGUUGGAUAUCUGCUCUGCUCAUCACACCUGCCCUGUAACACUGUGUUUCCUCCAGCCCUGAGAGCCCUGAGCUGAGACAAGCAUCCAUUACCCUGCUCUGCAUCUGAAUCAACAGGAAAUGCUAAAGCAGCGCUGCUGCUCCCCAGGUUGUUGCCGUAACAAAUGGAAUUUCAAUGUGAGUGAUUGUUGCAGGUAGCGUUAGCAGUAGGCCGUGGUGGGUCUUUGUAGACGGAGGUAAAGGGAUGCUGAUGGUAGUUUUGUGUGCCGGUGUCCCCGCUGAGACUCUUGCUUCUGUGUUUGUUUAAAGGGAAGGCUUUUAUCUGUUUUGUGGGCAUCUCUCUUCCUACUGCAGCAGCUACACACACAGACUGCUUACAGAAACUCAUGCCUAUUGUGUCUCUCUCACUCCUUUUGUUAAUGUGUUUGUGUGGGAGCGUAUGCCUGUCAUAUUUCUCACCAUCUGUCUGUCUCUCUUUCCCUCUUUCUCUCACUCUCCCUCUUUCCUUCCCUCUUUCUCUCUCCCUUUCUUUUUCUCUCCCCCCUCCAAUCUCUCGCUGUCCUUCCCUCACUCUCUCUCCCACCCCCUCUCUUCCCCCUCUCCUCUCCUUUGAAUAAUUCAACCCCACAGAGCUUUGUGUUUCUGUCUGUUGACACUGACACAUUAACAGCAUCCACCCACCCAAACAAACCCAAACGCAUUCAGUCUACUGCAGACCUGGGUUCAAACACUAUUUGAAAUCUCUCAAAUACUUUCAGCAUUUGUUUGAAGCCUGCCUGGAGUGUCAGAUGGGCGGGAAUUAUUUUCUUGGACUAUUCUAUUGGUCCAUUGAGCCAGGCAAGCUCAAUCAAGCCCAGCUUUGAAAUGAUUUCAAAUAGCAUUUGAACCCAGGUCUUGUAUCCAGUACAUUGCAUCUCCUCUCCUCUAUGGAAACAAAUGACAGUGCAGACGCAGAAAACACACAAUGCAGGAGAGAGGCGAGACACUAACUAUGAGGAAUUACACCAGCAGAGUCAUCACACUAACUUCUGUCCUCUUCCUGCUGUGUUAUCAUAGAGGCUGGAUGGGGAUUGAGUGCGACAAAUGUAUCUCACUUAAGGUGGUUAGUGUGGUUAGUGCAUGCCGUGUGUUCUACUGUAGCAGGUGAUCAAGUUAUAUGGUCAGAUUUCUUGACAAAGGCUCGGAGAUGUGACUCAACAUUUGACUAUUUACUUGAGUGCAUCGUGCCCAAGUGCACCGUGUGUCCAGCUACCGUCUUAUCAGGUAUUUGAACUAGCCUACACACCGCACAACGUGCAUUUUAUCCCUGAGCAAAUAUCACCAGUUAUUAAUAUUUUGUCAUAUGUGUGAAAUAUUGUGGAAAUAGUUCAUAUUCAUAAUGUUGCAGAAAAAUAAGUUACUUUGAACGAAUUCACUCUGCAGGUGUGCUUUCCCCUAGUUUCCAUGGGAACUUUCUUUCCGUCAGUGGAGGUGAUACUACAGUAACGUUAAACGGUGCUGCUUGUCGAAGCCCUCAGGUUUUCUAAAUGUUAAUAUAUUUCUGUUUGACAUUUUCAGCUUGAACCAGAGACCCAGUCCCACUGGAGGAGUAAAGUGAGGGAGAGAGGGUGGAGGGGAGAGAGAGAAAAGGGGAGGGAUGGAGGGGGGAGAGAGAGGGGGGGGGGAGAGGGGGGGGGGAGGGGUGAGAGGAGGGAUGGGGGAGAGGGAUGGGGGAGGGGAGGGGAGGGGGAAGAGAUGGGGGAGAGGGAUGAAAAAGAGGGGGGAGGGGAGGGAGGGGGAUGAAGGAGAGGGGUGGAGGGGGAGAGAGGAGGGAAAAGGAUGGGGGAUGAAGGGAGAGGGGUGAAGGAGAGGGGAAGGGGGAAGGGAGGAGGGGGGGAGGGUGGAGGGAGAGGGGUUAGAGAGGGGAUGGGGGGAGAGGGGUAGAGGGAGAGGGGUGAAGGGAGAGGGUGAAGGGGAGGGGGAGGGAGAGAGAUGGGGGAGAGGGAUGAAGGGAGAGGAAUGAAGGGAGGGGGUGGGGGAGAGGGACGAAGGGAGGGGAAGAAGGGGAGGGAUGAAGAGGGGGAUGGGGGGGGAGAGGGGGGAGGGGGGGAGAGGGAUGAAGAAGAGAGGGGGGGGAGAGGGAGGGGGAGGGGAUGAAGGGGGAGGGAGGAGGGGGGGGAUGAAGGGAGGGGGGGUGGAGGGAGAGGGAGAAGGGAGAGGGGGGAGGGGGGGGAGGGAUUUAAGAGAGGGGUGGAGGGGGGAGAGAGGAGGGGAGGGAUGAAGGGAGAGGAGAAGGGAGAGGGGGAGGGAGAGGGAAGAAGGAGAGGGAAGAAGGAGAGGGACGGAGGGAGAGGGGAGGAGGGAGAGGGAGAAGGGGGGAGGACGGCGGGAGAGGGAUGGAGGGGGGGAUGGAGGGAGAGGGAGAAGAGAGAGGGAUGGGGGAGAGGGAGGGGGAGAGGGAUGGGGGAGAGGAGGAGGGGGGGGAGGGAUGAAGAGAGAGGGAUGGAGGGAGAGGGGGGAGGGAUGAAGGGGGAGGGAUGGGGGAGAGAGAGGGAGGGAGAGGGAUGGAGGGAUGAAGGGGGGGGAUGGAGGGAGAGAGAUGAAGAGAGAGGGAUGGAGGGGGGAGAGAUGGGGGGAGGGGAUGGAGGGAGAGGGAUGAAGAGAGAGGGGUUUGGAGGGAGGGGGAUGGAGGGAGAGGGAUGGAGGGAGAGAGAUGGAGGGAGAGGGAUGAAGAGAGAGGGAUGGAGGGAGAGGGAUGGAGGGAUGAAGGGAGAGGGAUGGAGGGAGAGAGAUGGGGGGAGAGGGAUGGGGGGAUGAAGGGAGAGGGUGAAGGGAGAGGGGAUGAAGAGAGAGGGAGGGAGGGGAGGGAUGGAGGGAGAGGGAUGAGGGGAGAGGGAGGAGGGGGGGAUGGAGGGGAGGGAUGAAGGGGAGAGGGAGGAAGGAGGGGAGGGAGGGAGAGAGAUGGAGGGGAGGAGAAGGAGAGGGAAUAAAGGGAGAGGGGUGGGGAGGGAGAGGGACGAAGGGAGGGGGAAAGAAGGGAGGGGGAUGAAAGAGAGGGGAGGAGGGAGAGGGAUGGAGGGAGAGGGUAAAGGAGAAAAGAGAGGAGGGGAGGGAGGGGAGGGAGAGUGGGGGGGAGAGGGGAGGGAUGGAGGUGGGGAGAGGGAUGAGGGAGAGGGGUGGGGGAGGGAGAGGGAUGAAGAGAGGAUGAGGAGAGGAGAGGGGGAUGAGGGGGAAGGAGAGGGACGAGAGAGGGAAUAGGAGAGGACGGAGGAGAGGAGGAGGGAGAGGACGAAGGAGAGGGGCGGCGAGGGAUGAGGGAGAGAGAUGAGGGAGGAAAAGAGGGGGAUAGUGUAACCAGACAACCUGCUGUAGGGCUGCAGGGGGAGAGAAGGCAAUAGCCGUGCCUCAGCCAGAGGAAACUAGGCCAUGGUCCCAGAGUUAGAGAAGGAGAGUGAGUGGGUGUUCUGAAUGGUCUGGUGUGUGUCUGAGUGUGUUGUCUGAAUGAGGUGCCAGCAUGUCGUGUGUGGUGCGUAAAACAUGUCUGCAUGCAUGUGUGUGUGUGUGAGUGUGCAUGUGUACAUGUUUGUGUGAAAUUGUGCCAAAGCCCACUGCCAUGUGUCCACCUGUGCACCCACACCCUGCCAGUCCUGUGCCCAGUGUAAGAGCUCUAUGGGUGACAACGGGAGACUGGUGGACAAAGCUUCAAUCAGGCCCCUUCAUUUCUGUUGGCUCUACCUUUUCCCUCUCCCUUUGUCAACCACAUGCUAAUGCAUCAUCCACAUCUCUCUCUCUUUCUCUCUCUUUCUCUUUUCUUUUGCUCCCUCAUUCUCUCCCACAUCCAUCCAAAGCAGUGACAAAUCAGCCGAGUGUUGUCUCUGUGCUUCGCUGAGUGCUAGGGGAAGUUAUGAUAAUGAGGAUGUUGUAACCCACCUGUUAUUUUAGCUGUCUCCAUGCCGAAAGCUACUGGAUCAGACUCCAGAUGUAUCAAAGUUUAACACUGGUCUUUUAUGCUGAUUUUGUGAUGUGAAGUUUUUGGGGGUAUUUUAAGAUUUGUUUAAGUGCGUGUUCUCUAGGGUUGUGAAGUUUUUGUGUGUGUGUGUGUGUGUGUGUGCACGGUGUCUGUCUAAGUGCUAGCGUGUGUGUACACAUGUUUUCAUACGGGUGCUGGGUAAUUCUAGGGGCUUUAGCUGCAAAUGGAGUGACUCACGUCCUUGCUGAUUGAUAUAGAGAAGAAAAAUCCCCAGUGGAAUUCAAACUGAUGGUUCUCAUUAAGGUAACUGACAACAGGGCUUUACCAAGGCCACACAUUCAUUACCAAACAAACACAUUCUAAACCCCCUUUCAUUCUAAAUCCUCAUACCUACCUUAUACCAUCCAUGACUUAUAGCUAAAGCCCCCACACACACACACGCACACAUACGCAUAGAAACACACACACACACACACACACACACACACUUACAGCUAAAGCACAACCACACACACACAAACAAAUCCCACACACACACAAACCACGACUCUUACUGAGUCACGUAGCAAGAACAAAGGCUAGUCGGAAAUCAAAUAAACAGUUCUAGAUGAGUUUUUAAAGCAAUUUGAUGGAUGGAUGGUUGGCAUUGUCAUGUGGAGAUGAAGUAUGCAGCAAGUCUUUGGGAGGGGUUCUUGUUGUUGAUUUGUUUUAGGCUGCUUUUUUCCAAUCCUAUGCGGGGGAGGACAGGGGAUCCUAAGUUGAGAAGUGUAGUGUCAUAACUCAAACAUUCACGGAGACCUUGCAUUGUCAAUGAGAUAUUGCAGAAUACGUUGGUGUGGUUUUAUGACAGUGGGAAGACGAGGCCUAAUCGGUGUUGUUGACGGCAGCAGAAGUUAACCCCUCUGCUAUCUUUUUGGGAUUGCAGGCAGACAUGCGCUCCAGAGAGUACCUCCGUGUCCACCCCCCAUCUGCUGCAGACACCUGAGCAUAGAGGAGACGGGUAGGUGUUUCAGCAGACAGACACAUACACA